ACAUAUGCCAAGACAUCGAGACCGCCAAACAAACCCCGAGCUGGCUGCGUCCGAAAGUAAUCUUCGAAAAGCUGAAACACACAAGCACACACGACACUCCCCACCGCCUUCGUCCUGCCUUGUCACCGCACACAAGCCGCAGACCAUGGGCAACGCGAACUCGCAGCUGCUAGAAAACAUCGUGCAAGGGUCGAAUUUCGACCGCGAUGAGAUCGACCGCCUGCGCAAGCGCUUCAUGAAGCUGGACAAGGACGACUCCGGCACGGUCGACCGCGACGAGUUCCUCGCCCUGCCGCAGGUGUCGUCGAACCCGCUCGCGACCCGCAUGAUCGCCAUCUUCGACGAGGACGGCGGCGGCGACGUCGACUUCCAGGAGUUCGUCACCGGCCUGUCCGCCUUCUCCUCCAAGGGCUCCAAGGAGGAGAAGCUCCAGUUCGCCUUCAAGGUGUACGACAUCGACCGCGACGGCUACAUAAGCAACGGCGAGCUGUUCAUCGUGCUGAAGAUGAUGGUGGGCAGCAACCUGAAGGACGGCCAGCUGCAGCAGAUCGUCGACAAGACCAUCAUGGAGGCAGACCUGGAUCGGGACGGCAAGAUCAGCUUCGAGGAGUUCAAAAAGAUGGUGGAGAACACGGACGUGAGCAUGAGUAUGACCCUUGACCAGUUCUGAGCGUUCCCCUACGAGCAAAGACAAUGCGGGCAUCACAUUUGACGGAGCGCGAGGCGUUUCGAUGGAGAAAAAUGAGCUUGGGCUGGCGUUUGGAUAGUCAGCUUUCAGAAAGGGAGGGCUCGCGGCUGAUCCUGGUUUGAGAAAAGGCGAGCAUACGUUUUACUGCCACCUCUGUACACUACUGGACAUAUACCCACACAUUCAGCAUCAGCGGGAGAAUGAAUCCAGAGCAGCACAAACGAAGUCGACAGGGUGCACCGAACAGAAGAGAUAAAAACUUGAGUAUCACUCAAAAGGGGCUGGUCAUUGCUGGCUCUCCAUAUCUUCAAAAUACAUGACAUGCACAACCCAGCAGCCUGUGUGUAUAACGCUGCAAAAUCAAUAGAGCCAAGAAGAUGAUUUGACAUCCGACCACAUCUGUUACUAGUCCUGCCUCUUUGUGUCUCGCGAGAAGCAGAGCCCUCGCGUGUGAAAAC